CCCAGUGAGCAUGUCCUCAUCAGUAACAGGUUUUUCAGAAUCUUGGAUAUUACAGAGAUCCUUGAGCUCUUUAGGCUCAGUUUCACCCUCCCAUCUGCACUUGGCCAGUUUCGGUGGCAGAAGAGGCUACACCUGCUUCCUGUGGGUCCCCUGGGCAGAAGCAUGCAGUGGUAUCUCCUCCUGAUCUGGGCCCAGGGGCUGAGGCAGGCUCCCCUCCUCGCCUCAGGAGCUGUGACAGGGAGAAUAGUAACAGUGGGAAAUAUUUCUGCAAGGGAAGGCAGCUCUGUCACCUUACAAUGUCACCUCUCCUCCACCACGGCCAAAGUGAGUCAGAUUAACUGGGAGCGGCUGAACCAGCCUCUGGCCCUGCGUCAAGCAGAGCGGGGAUGGCACGUCCACCCGGCCUUCAGCAAGCGAGUGGUCCCGGGCCCCAACCUGGGCCUCACGUUCCAGUCGCUGACCACUAAUGACACCGGGGAGUACUUCUGCAUCUAUCAUACCUACCCCGAUGGGAUUUACCAAGGGAGAAUCUUCCUGGAAGUCCUAGGAAGCUCAGUUGCUGAGCACAGCGCUGGGCUCCAGAGCCCGUUGCUUGGCGCCCUGGGCACUGUGCUGGCGGUCACCUGCAUCGCAGUCACCGGGGCAGUCGCACUGGCUAGAAAGAAGUCUCUCAGAGUCCAUUCUGCAGAAAGUGGCCCCAGGAGAGGGCCAUCUGAACAGGAGGAAGGGAGUCGCAGGGCUCCCUCAGCCCCUGGAAGCUGCGUGCGAGCAGAAGCUGCCCCAGCCGACCUCUGCAGGGAGCAGACCGAAGACGAUGCUGCAGAGCCGCAUGACUACUUUAACGUCCUGAGUUACAGAAGCCUGGGCAGCUUCCGCUUCCUGGCAGAGACUGUUUAGCCCCAGAGGUAUCUUCUGGGAGACACACCCCUCAUCUUUGCUAUUGUAGACUGAGGUAGCAGCAUCUCUGCUCUGCGCCACUGCUCUCUCUCUCUCUCUCUCUCUCUCUCUCUCUCUCUCUCUCUCUCUGUGUGUGUGUGCGUGUGUGUGUGUGUGUGUGUGUGUGUGUGUGUGUGUGUGUGUGUUUGGUUGAGAGAAUGGAUGUCAUCCUCUGCGGACACUUUGUUUCUUUCUCCCUUCCCUUCCGUUCUGUUGUGGCAGCCCCCACCUGAAUACCUCAAAUCUGGAUCAUGUAUGCAGAGUUAAAGAAACCAAACAAACUCUUGACCUGUUUUUGAAGUUGGCAGUUUGAGCAGAUCUUUGUGACUCUGAGAAGUGCAUUUCUUCUCACAGCAGGGAUUUGGGUUAUGGGGGUUUGAGGUGGAUGGUGAGGAUGGUGUGACUGCAGAGCCAUUAUCAUCUCAUUUCUCACUGUCAUUUUCAUCACCAUUCACUCAUUCAGGGCAUUGAAGGCUAAGGCAUGGUAUCAGGCUCCCCAGGAGAUUCAAGGAUAACUAAACCUUGGUCUCUUGACUUUAAGAACUUACAGCUAAGUAAGGAGACAGCAUCUACAUUAAAAAUUAAGGAGACACAUUACUGCAAAGGAGAGACUAAACUUGCAUAUAAUUGUGCCUAAGAGUCUCCCCCUGAGUACCUCUUUGUUGCUCAGAUGUGCCCCCCCCUCCCCAACUAAGCCACCUUGGCAGGUGA